ACAUUUUCAUCUUCUCCACAUCAACUUCCACGUAGAGUUCCACCUCCUUCUUCUUGCAUGGCAGUUGUCACUCUCUUCCCUUCCCCACGUAUCCUCAAUCCCCUGCCAUUUCCUUCUCUUUUAAAACCAAUCACCGUCAACACUCCUCACCACUCCUCCGUUUCAGUUUAUUGCCGUCGCUCUGCUCCACAUGGAACAACAACUCAUCGCAGAUCAAAACCCCACUGCCGUCAACAAUGAAAUCCAAGCAAACAACGAAGAAACUACAAGAAAACAAGAAGAACAUCCACUUCCAUUAAUGGCACUCAAUCACGUCUCCAGAGUCUGCAAAAACGUCAAGGAUUCCGUCCAUUUCUACACCAAAGUCCUAGGUUUCGUCCUCAUUGAACGCCCGCAAAGCUUCGAUUUCGAAGGAGCUUGGCUGUUCAACUACGGCGUUGGGAUUCACUUGAUGCAAACCGAGGAGGAUGAUGAUAGUGUUGGAGUCCGUGGAAGCGAUAAGGAUCAUCUCGAUCCCAUGGAUAAUCACAUCUCGUUUCAGUGUGAAGAUAUGGAAGCGAUGGAGGAGAGAUUGAAGGAAUUGGGAGUGAAGUACAUGAGGAGGACAUUGGAGGAAGAGGAGAAGGGAGAAACGAUUGAACAGCUCUUCUUCAAUGAUCCUGAUGGAUUCAUGAUCGAGAUCUGUAACUGUGAGAAUUUGAAGUUAGUGCCAGCGGGUUCCUCCGGUAAGAUUAGACUUCCGGCGGGUCGGCAUAACCCUCCAUUGGAAUUGAAUGAUGAGAAAUAGUUUUGGACGUUUUUGUGUAAUCGGAGAGUAAGGACAAUUACAAAUUAAUAACCAUUUGUAAACAUGACGUAUCAAUACUAAUCGGAAAAUUUCCUUGCUGAUCUUAAAAUU